AGACCUGAGUAUUUAAAUCAAUUGUGCUAUCAACUCGUUAAUAAUCUUUUUUUUUCCCCCUUGCUCUCUGCCUGGUUCGUUGUCUUCACCUACAGGUGUACUUUAUUGUCGGCUUCCAAAGAUUACUAACGCUUAUCUGUGUCGCUAAGAUUGACCUGCCUUCGCUAUACUGCUACUCUUACUGCUGCUUCCAUUAUUGCCUUCUUCAGCAAAAUAAGGCUUUCAGAAGCCAAAGAAUAACAAGACAUACGCACCAUUUUAGAAGCCUUUCCACUAUGAAACUUAAGCUAAAUGUGCUCACCAUUUUUUUGCUGCCUGUCCACUUAUUAAUAACAAUAUACAGUGCCCUUAUAUUUAUUCCAUGGUAUUUUCUUACCAAUGCCAAGAAGAAAAACGCUAUGGCAAAGAGAAUAAAAGCUAAACCCACUUCAGACAAACCUGGAAGUCCAUAUCGCUCUGUCACACACUUCGACUCGCUAGCUGUCAUAGACAUCCCUGGAGCAGACACUCUGGAUAAAUUAUUUGACCAUGCCGUAUCCAAAUUUGGGAAGAAGGACAGCCUUGGGACCAGGGAAAUCCUAAGUGAAGAAAAUGAAAUGCAGCCCAAUGGAAAAGUGUUUAAGAAGUUAAUUCUUGGAAAUUAUAAAUGGAUGAACUAUCUUGAAGUGAACCGCAGAGUGAAUAACUUUGGUGGUGGACUCACUGCACUGGGACUGAAACCAAAGAACACCAUUGCCAUUUUCUGCGAAACCAGGGCCGAGUGGAUGAUUGCAGCACAGACUUGCUUUAAGUACAACUUUCCACUUGUGACUUUAUAUGCUACGCUUGGCAAAGAAGCUGUGGUUCAUGGACUAAAUGAAUCUGAGGCUGCCUAUUUGAUUACUAGUGUUGAACUUCUGGAAAGUAAACUAAAGACUGCAUUGUUAGAUAUCAAUUGUGUGAAACAUAUCAUUUAUGUGGACAAUAAGACUAUCAAUAAAGCGGAGUACCCUGAAGGAUUUGAGAUUCACAGCAUGCAAUCAGUAGAAGACUUGGGAUCCAAGCUAGCAAACUUGAGCGUUCCUCCAAGUAGACCAACACCUUCAGACAUGGCCAUUGUCAUGUAUACCAGUGGUUCUACUGGCCGACCUAAGGGAGUGAUGAUGCAUCAUAGCAAUUUGAUAGCUGGAAUGACAGGCCAAUGUGAAAGAAUACCUGGACUGGGACCAAAGGACACAUACAUUGGCUACUUGCCUUUGGCUCAUGUGCUAGAACUGACAGCAGAGAUUUCUUGCUUUACCUAUGGCUGUAGGAUUGGAUAUUCUUCUCCACUUACACUGUCUGAUCAGUCCAGCAAAAUUAAAAAAGGGAGCAAGGGAGACUGUACUGUACUGAAGCCUACACUUAUGGCUGCUGUUCCGGAAAUCAUGGAUAGAAUUUAUAAGAAUGUUAUGAGCAAAGUCCAAGAGAUGAAUUAUAUUCAGAAAACUCUUUUCAAGAUAGGGUAUGAUUAUAAAUUGGAACAGAUCAAGAAGGGCUAUGAUGCACCUCUUUGCAAUCUGUUACUGUUUAAAAAGGUGAAGGCUCUGCUGGGAGGAAAUGUCCGCAUGAUGUUGUCUGGUGGAGCCCCACUGUCGCCUCAGACACACAGAUUCAUGAAUGUCUGCUUCUGCUGUCCCGUUGGCCAGGGUUAUGGGCUGACGGAAUCGUGUGGUGCCGGGACAGUUACUGAAGUUACUGACUAUACGACUGGCAGAGUUGGAGCCCCUCUUAUUUGCUGUGAAAUUAAGCUAAAAGACUGGCAAGAAGGUGGUUACACAAUUCAUGACAAACCGAACCCCAGAGGCGAAAUUGUAAUUGGCGGACAGAAUAUCUCCAUGGGAUACUUUAAAAAUGAAGAGAAAACGGCAGAGGAUUAUUCUGUGGAUGAAAAUGGACAAAGGUGGUUUUGCACUGGUGAUAUUGGAGAAUUCCAUCCCGAUGGAUGUUUACAGAUCAUAGAUCGUAAGAAGGAUUUGGUGAAGUUACAAGCAGGGGAGUAUGUGUCUCUGGGGAAAGUAGAAGCUGCACUGAAGAACUGUCCACUUAUUGACAACAUCUGUGCUUUUGCCAAAAGCGACCAGUCCUAUGUGAUCAGCUUUGUGGUUCCUAACCAGAAAAGGUUGACACUUUUGGCACAACAGAAAGGGGUGGAAGGAUCUUGGGUUGAUAUAUGCAAUAACCCUGCCAUGGAAGCUGAAAUACUGAAAGAGAUUCGAGAAGCUGCAAAUGCCAUGAAACUGGAGCGGUUUGAAAUACCAAUCAAGGUUCGCCUAAGCCCAGAGCCAUGGACCCCUGAAACUGGUUUGGUAACUGAUGCUUUCAAACUGAAAAGGAAGGAGCUGAAGAACCAUUACCUCAAAGACAUUGAACGAAUGUAUGGGGGCAAAUAAAGUGUUCUCUGAUUGACAGUUGCAGACGAGCUAGCCUGGUGAUGUCUUAGUUCUAAAGUUUUAAGCCUUUGUUGAUCUGUCUGUUAGAAUGUAAGGUGUUAUCGUUCUAAAGACAUGGUUAAAAAAAAACCAACUGAUUGAAAUAGCUGUCGAGUCUACUUUAACUUAGUUUUGCAUAGUCCUAGUGAAGCUGAAAUUGAAAAGUUAUUUCCCUUUAGCUGUGUUAUUAAUUACAGAGCAGAAAAUCUUUUUAAAAAUUAGCCUAAGGUAUACUUGUUUUUGUAAAAGAAAAUAAUGUUGAACAAAAUAAAUUGGAGUUGGAGUAGAAUGUAGUUUGAGGAAAUUUGUAGCUUCCAAUGUCUAUUGUCUUCCUAGUUCAGAAGAAGCUUAAGUAUUAAGCACGACUGAAAAUAUGUAUUAACACUACUCAAAGCAGAAGUGCUGCCAGGCUUUAAAUUUCUCUUCCAACAAUUUAUCUUGAAGGGAAAAUUCAAUUGUAACAUAAUAUACUGAAUUAAGUAGUACCAUAGAAGGUGUUGAUUUCAGAUUACAGUUGUUGCAUAGGGUAGACAUAGAAUCAUUGUAAUAUUGUGAAUAAUUACAGUGCCUAAAGUAAGAAUAAACCAACAUAUACAUACCAAAAAAUAUCUAGUAAUAUAACGAAGGGAAAUUGGACUUGAACUACAUUUUUGAAACUUUGGGAUCUAAAAUCAGUCGGUGUAGUAUUUAAGAAGGAAGUACAUUUUUAAAAAUGCUGAAAAUUGCCUUUCUGUGUUUAUUAAAAAUGAAAGACUGAGACCAAGAGUAAAAUGAUAGAAAGGCAAUCAAACUUUAAUAGUACUCAUUUUCUCUGUUCGAAAAAGUGAUAGAAUCAUUAAGUCCAGUAUUUGGAAUUAGGAGCUUUGCAUUACACUGAACCUGGGAAAGAGAUUUAGACUCGGAAUUUCUCCUCAAUAAUGGUAAAUUUUUUACAUGUAGUCAUGUUAAAUUACAUUUGUAAUUUAAGGUCUAUUUGCUGUUGCUGAUUUGAUCCUUGACCGGUUUGUAUUUCAGAAAGCCUUUCAUUUUGCUUUAAUUUAAGAAAGCGGGUCAUAAUGAAUGACUUCCCCAAUAUCUCGUUCAAACCUACAGGUGAUUAACAUGGAUGAGUUUUGGGAAGUUAAAGGGAGGAAAACACUGUCACCACCUUUUUCCUGUUUAUGAAGAAUUUAGAAACUGGAAAUGCUAGAUGUAGGGGAAGGGCAGAGUUACUUGAUAAGGGACGGAUGCUUGUACAGUAACUUCGGGAGUGUGGGUUUCUCUUUGAGUCUUUACUUAAACUAAAGGAUUUAUACAUAGUAUAGCCCUGACAGCUAUUCACACUUGAACCAUAGUUACUGUAAAAGCAAAAUUCUUAAUAACUGUUAUUCUUUGCACUUUUUUCCAAUCAUUUUAUAUAUAUAUAUAUAUACACACACACACGUGUGUGUGUUGCUUACAUUGCUCUGUACAGAGGUGGGUCACCAUUGAAGCGGAAGAAAUUCUUUUUGCUUUAACAUAUUUAUAAAGAAGAUACUUAAAUGUUAUGUAUAUGGUGGUAAUAAGGAAAAAAAUCAUCUGGUAUUAUAAAUAAGAAUGAAGGUUUUUGUAAAGAUUUCUGUUCCGUGUUUUGCAAAGUAAAAUUCUAGGCAAGUUUUCAUUGAAGUUAUGUGUAUGUGCGUAUUCUCAUUCUUCCCACCUUGCCUUUGGAGAGUGAAAACCCAUGAUUAUCAAGUAGACUACUAUUCUGAUUCUAUUCCUGCCCUCCUGUUUAUCCUCAAGGAUGAUUUUCAUAGACAUUUCCAAUACGUGAAUUUUUCCUCUUUUUUGGAAUGGUGAUUUUAAAUGUGUGAGUGCAUGCAUACUAUCUUAUCUCAGAUAUUUGCACCCCUGUCCACCCCCAUCUCCCAAAAGCUAGAACACUGCCAACUAAUCUGUUGUAUAGGUCCUUUAGAAACACAUAAUUAACCCUUAAGGUUGGGUGCUGCUAAUUCUUUGCAAAAAUCCAAAUAUUGUUAAGGGACCAGGGAGAUGCCACUACCCCCCUGAUUUUUUUUCAACGAAAAAUAGACGUGUUUCUGUAAACAAACCUUUCCAUAUUCAUAGUGACUUUUCAAGUAUUUGAUCCUAAAGAUUUUAAUCUCACAUUUUUAUACCUGUUUAAAUUGUUCACAAUUGUUAUUACAUGUCAUCAAAUAAAGUUGUACUUAAAAAAAUUUUACUAUGAUAUGUACAUUUCUAAGUCAGAUACUUGUGACUUUUGCUUUAAUCACAUGAACGUAUCUUGUCUCCUUGAUAUUGUAUUCGUUCUUUUUUUCUCUAGAAUGGAGGUUUAAUUGUAUGGCUUUUCAGAAUGGAAAUACAGAAGAAAGAUUUAAAAAGUCAGAAGUUAAGAAAAGCAAUUUCUUUUGUGAUAGAGACUGAUUAGUAAUCUUUGCCUAUAUUUUCCUGAUAGCAUAUGACAAAUAUUUCUAAGGUAACAAGAUGAAAACAGGUUAAAAAUUGUGUGGUGUUUUGGAUUCAGAGAGAAAUAUUUUAAUUUCCAAAUGUAGUUAUAAAUUAUAAUGUAUUCAUAUCUGUACUUUCUGUUCAAAUGCACGAUUGCAGGAUUGUUGUUUAAAUUUUGUGUUUAUUCUUGAUGAAAAAGCUUUGUUCCUGUUUUUAAGUUUGCACUCAAAUCUUAAGAAAUAAAUUCACCCAUGUUAUCAA